AUGACACGAAUUAAACGUCCUUUAUUUGGUGGUGCUAUUCAAGCAUUUUUACCCGAUGGAUUGAUUGAUGCUAGUUCCAUUCGACUUGUUCCAAAUAAUCAAGAAGUAUUUAUGCAUGCUCAAUCUGAUCAAAGUAUAAUUGUUGAAAUUCUUGAACGUGUUAAUGAAGUAUCAGAUGAAAAUGCUAUUAAAUAUCAUUUCGAUGCAUUAGCUGAAGCUAAUGAUGCUCAAAAUACUCAAGAUCAUAUUGUUGAUAAGAUUCAAUCAAUUCCAAUUAAUUCACUUAUUGUUCAACGAUUAACUUCAGCUUGGUAUUUAUUCGGUCGACAACAAGUAUCAAAAUAUAAUGAACAAGCAAAAAAUAUAGUUUAUAUUCAUCUUUGUCUUUUACGAUUGGGUGGUGAUCUUGCAACUGAUUUACUCAUCUCAUUCAAUGAUCCAGUUUUUGUUAGUGAACAAAGUAGUAGCAAUGACCAACAAAAUCAAAAUGGUUCACGAUGGACAUUAAACGAUUUCGAAGAAUUUUUUCGUUCAUUAGAAGUAGUUGAUUAUGGUUUAUUUCUUCCAUCAUCUAACGAUGAUAAUUCACAAUCGAACGAUAUUAUUAUGUCUUAA